AUGUUGUUCCGAGGCAACAAGUCCAAGUGCGUCUGAUGCUGGUCCCACGUGGUCCUAAUAUACUGCUUGCUAACCGAGAGCUUUAUGGCUGCAGCGACAGGCAUGUGCGAUCGCCUGUGAGCCCCUGUCUCCAGAACGUGUCGCGACGCGUCGCACCGCCUUCGUGCGACCUCGGACUGGUGUGACAGAUACUGAAUCGGCAUCGCCUUUCCUUCACAGUCUUUUGCGAUGGCGUUUCCCGAGUCGACUUUGAAGAGGAAGAGGCCGUUAGGCAUACCACGGAUCACGUUCGUCCGCAUCGAACUCGACCGGCGGCGAGCGCUCGUGCUUCCCGUUUUGCGACUAUUUCUGCCCGGUGCAGGCCCCGCUUUGCCCCAGUCACGACUACUCAGCUCCCACAUGAAUACAGAAUACACGCGUAGAGACAGUAUACCCGACGACAUCAUUGAGAUGCGCUUCACCCGCACUCUGCUCGUCGUUGUCGCUUCGUGGAUCGUCUUUGUCGGGCCUCUCAUUCUUCUCGUUUUGACCGUGCGACUCGCCUUUCGGUCCAAAAAGGUCUUCAAGACCAUCUUCACACCUGAGGAAAUAGAGCGGAUUUGGAGAUGGGAGAUUGCGAGUGGUCAUUAUCCCUCGGCACAUCCAAUCGACAUCACGUUCGGCACUCACUCGCAUCAACGCGGGAUCGUCACCCAAAUACCGAACCCGGCACGACCAUUCAUCGGUUCCGAUAACCUUCUGGCAGAAGAAAACACUGGCCUGACGGUCAAGAUUGUCCCCACGGGUCCCUCGCGCUUCUACCUUGUCCCGGAACCACUGGUGCAAAUAGACGGUAAAGCCUACCUCUCGCGACCGGCGAGCAAUGCAGCGCUCGACAUGGAUCAGGUCAUGGAGCACUGCGAGUUCCCAAAGGGCUAUGUGCGAGAUUGCUUGACGUUCUUGCGCGGCGAAUCCGUCGAUAUCAAAGCUCGGCGCAGGUAUUUCACUACCGAGGAGGCCAACUCAAUGCUCAGCGAGCAAGUCCUGUCCGAAGUGGAGGUGCAGAGGGCAUCGAUGGGCAAGGUGAUCAGUGUCGACAGCAACGUCCAGUUCGAAAGAAAGCUCCAAACCCGGGAGCAGUUGUCCCUCGCAUCCCUGCCCAUGAUCUCAUCUCCUCUCCGACAACCUCACGCGACCUUUCCCAACGCCGACAUCGCCUGCGAUCCCGAACACCCGCGGCUUCUGCACAUGUACUGGACUGGCCCCUUCACCGACAAGCCCUACAUGGCGGUCAUCUCAUUCCUAUACACGCAAAAUCUCGGGCUGAACAUCCCCUUGGGUGAACACCCGUCCAAGACUCACUGCCGACCACAACUCUGGAUUUGGAUCAACCCCGUCUCGGCGGCUACACUCCUGCCGCCGGAAGAUGCGGCCGAACAAAUUCAACGCGAUCUAGAAGCCAACAAAUGGAGCAGCGCAUUACUUCACCCGCGUUGGCGUGAUGUGGUGCAUUUCAAGCUCUGGAAUACCUCACAGCAACUCGACAAUGCCGAGGAACUCAACGGUUGGCGGGAGAUGAACUUGUUCAAUUCGCACGGUUACAAGUAUAAGGUGAAUGAGAAGCGAUGUCCCCUACUCUCGUGAGUCUGAGCUGAUUCAAUCCUUGCAAUGGAGCAGGACACGGUCAAGAAACCGAACGAGGAAUUCCGGCGGGUUGGGACGACCGACAGCUCGCAUUACGACCGCCUUUCGGUCGUCAUGUCCGACAUGGCCCGCUUCCUGCUCCUACACCAGUACGGCGGAAUGUACGUCGACGCCGACACCAUCUUCUUGCGGGAUUGGGAACCACUCUUCUCGUGGCGAGGCGCUUUCGCGUACCGGUGGUCGAGGCUCAAUCUGUACAACACCGCCGUGCUCAAGAUGGAUCGCAAGACCGCGCUGAGCCAUUUCAUCGUUCGAACGAGCGUCGAGAAUGGCUUCGACUUCCAUCCCAUGAGCGUUGCGCACUACACUCAAAACGCCAAGACCCGGAACCUGCUCAAGAUGCUGCCAGACGCUCUUUUUGAUCCGGCUUGGCUCAACACGUGAAUGCUUCCUCGAGACGCUGCUUUCAACCAGAAACUGACCAUCUUGCCCAUUCUCCAGCGAGAAUUUCCAGCGGGAUCGCCCAGCUCAACCCUACUUCAAAAAGUGAGGCUGGCGUGCAGCGAUGAUCAACCGUUCCGAUCGCAGGGCUGACGCACGAUCUUGAUGCGUCUUCAGAUUCGAGGACUUUUUCCAGCCACCGAAAAAAGGUCGGGGAGGGCCGGCGACUUUCGAUUCUUUCUUCAAAGGCGCGUUCUCUUACCACUACCAUAACUUUUGGUGGCAACCUUUCGACCCGGUGCGGAACUAUCCCGACCUUGAUCCAAAGGUCGAGAGGGCGUCGCUUUCAGGGCAAGAGCAGGGCGAGAUGUCGUGGUCGACGAUGCUGAAGCGGCAUUUUGAGGCCUUCAUCCGAGCCGAGGAAAGGAACAUGUACGGAGAGAUGAUCGAUUUACGUCCUGAAGAGACUGACGACGAUGACGAUGACAUUGAUGAAGAUGACGACACAUAA